AUGGCAUAUCAACCAGUAUUUGUAACACUCACAGUACUUAUUAUACAUAUACUUUUUUCUCAACAAAAACCUGCUUCUGGCAAGAGUUUAGUUAAUGCAAACCAGUGGUGUAACCAAACCCCUUUCCCCCAAGUUUGUGAGCAGUCACUUAGCGGUCAUCCUAACUCUGGUAUUGUGGAUCAAAAGUCUGAUUUUCUAAAGUUGGCACUACAACUGGCUUUGGACGGCGCUCUCCGUGCCCAAAGCACCGUUGAUUCACUAGGCUCCAAAUGCAACGGCAAUAAGGAAAAAGCUGCUUGGCUUGAUUGUGGCAAACUCUACGACUACACUAUCUUGCGCCUUAACAAAACAAUUCACACCACAAAAUGCACCUGGGGAGAUUCACAAACGUGGCUUAGCACUGCUCUUACCAACCUCGAAACCUGUCGAGCAGGGUUUGUGGAGCUCGGGGUUAUCAACCACAUAUUGCCCUUAAUGUUAAUUGACAGCGUGGGAAUCUUCAUUCGCAAUGCUUUGGCUCUCAACAAGUUACUGUCAUCAAAAUUCGAAGUAGAAGUGUCUAAUAGGUAUGAAGACGAUGGUUUUCCUGAUUGGGUGAAACCCAGCGACCAAAAGCUCUUACAACAACCUUCUUCAUCCCUAGCUUCUCAAGCGAAUUUGGUGGUGGCAAAAGAUGGGUCGGGAAAUUACAAAACGAUAGGGGAAGCGAUCAUUAAUGCAGCAUCAAAGUGGUCAGGAAGUGGAAGAUUUGUGAUUUUGGUGAAGGAAGGUACAUAUGAUGAAAAAGUUGAGAUAGGAAACAACUUGAACAAUGUAAUGUUGGUAGGGGAUGGUAUUGGAAAAACUAUAAUCACUGGUAGUAGGAGUGUCCAAGGCGGCUAUACGACAUUCAACUCAUCUACUGUAUCUAUUAAUGGCGAUGGAUUCCUAAGUCGAGGCAUAACAUAUCGGAACACUGCCGGAGCAAUCAAUCAGCAAGCUGUAGCAGUCCUUUCCUUAUCUGAUCUUUCAGCAUUCUACGAGUGUAGCUUUGAAGGGUACCAAGAUACUUUGUACGUCCAUUCUGGAAGACAGUUUUUCAGGGAAUGUGAUAUUUAUGGAACUGUGGACUUCAUAUUUGGAAAUGCUGCAGUAGUAUUCCAAAAGUGUAACAUCUAUGCAAGAAAGCCCAUUCACAAUAUGAAUGUGGUGACAGCCCAAGGGAGGACUGACCCUAACCAGAACACUGGAAUCUCCAUUCACAAUUCUAAAGUCAUUGCUGCUCCUGAGCUUAAGGCUGUUCAGAGCGACACUAUUCCUACAUACCUUGGAAGGCCAUGGCAGAAGUACUCGCGAACAGUCUUUAUCGUUAGUUACCUGGAUAAUCUGAUAGAUCCGGCAGGGUGGAAAGAAUGGGAUGGCAACUUUGCUCUUGACACCUUGUAUUAUGGAGAGUAUGGUAACACAGGAGAUGGGGCAUCCACCAAGAACAGAGUGACAUGGUCUGGCUAUCAUGUUCUCAAUGCUGCUGAUGCUUCCAAAUUCACCGUUGAAACUUUUAUUUCUGGAAGUGAUUGGUUGCCAUCCACUGGCGUGCCUUUUGAUCUAGGCCUUUGA